GUGCGUAUGUCUGAUCACACUUGAAAAUCUUUUUAUCGAUUUCAUUUUGCACACAUCUACACACAAAUUCAUGUGAGUGUACACGUGACCAUCUACUCCGUUACCUACACAAGAGAGCACAUACAAAAUAGACUUAGGUAUAUAACGUGAUAAACGUAUUUCUUCUCUAUGCGAGGAUUGAUUUCUACAGAGAAUUUCUGUUUUCAUCUUUAAAAAUAAAAGCAGCGAAUGAUUGGAUUUAAAUUUUCUGAGGUAAUGUAAACUGUUUUUUAAGACCUUAUUCCAUUACAGUGUUGGGUAAUUUCGUUUGUGUCUUAAGUUUAUUGUUAAACAUGAUUCGCAAUAAUUUUAUAUCGGUCAAACAUUCAUUUAAAAUCAGUCAGAAUAAAAUGAAUUUUUCAUCUAUACCAAGAACUCUUGUUUAAACAUUCAUAAAUACCACGAGAGAUUAGGAAUUACAGUUGGCAAAAAUGUGGUUAUUAGUUUGCAUUAUGGUGUUCUUGCCAACAGAUUUAUUCCACAAAAGCCUAUAAAUGUGUAUAUACGAUUACAAUUUUCAAUGAGAUGUUUACCUGAUAUUAAUCUGAGGUUGGAGUUGUUAGUUAUGUGAACACAUAUACGCCUAGAAUUGACAACUUGUAAAAAAGAAGCACAUGGUCUUUGCCAGCUGAUAGUUUUACUGCAGCAACGUAAAUAAGUACUGAAAAUCUACAACAACAUUAUGGAAAAAUUAAUUGAGAUAUUUUUCGAGUUAGACAAAGAUAAUAAUGAAAUUGUUGACAAGCAAGAACUUGUCAAUUAUUGUAAAGAUAAGAAACUUGACAUGAAGAUGGUUAAUGAAUGGUUGUCGAAGUGUGAUACAGACAAGGACAAUAAAAUUACAUUUGAUGAAUUUUGUCGAGGAUUUGGCAUCAAGUUAACCGAAAUGCGAGUUGAAAAAAUUGAAAGAGCUCUGACAUGGGAUGAUACUGCAAUUUCAAAACCAACCAAUGUACAAAUUAUCAAUUCAACAAUGUCAGAAAAGAAACAGGCCGAAGUGAUUGAAACUUAUCAGAAAUUAAUGAAAGAGUAUGGAGCAGAUGAGAAAAGUUUAGACAAAGUAUCAACAGGACUUAAAAAGUUUUUGGAAGAACGUUAUACAAAUGUUUGGCAUGUGAUCAUAAUGAAUGGUUCCUUUUGGAUUAGUUUUUCCCAUGAACCAUUUUGUUCAUUACAGUUUAAAUCGGAAAAGUACACGUGUUCUGUUUGGCGUACACCAGACGGACAAAGAUACGGUUCAUAGGUCUAUACCACUAACAAUUUUUGAAAUAUUAUCCGUCAAAAUUUUACUGUAAUUUGUGUUAGCAAAUCAGACUUAUAUUUCAUACUGUUAUGUAUUAUCGCUCAGAUUCCUUUAACUCUUAGAUAAUAUUUGUAUUGUUAUGCACAUAUAUUCACUUUUGGGUAUUAUGUAAAUAUCAUUAUAUAUAUCCAACAGAUAAAAGCCAAUAUCUUAAAACGAAUUCGAACCGUUUCACUUUAUUAUACUGUUAGUCAGUAAUUCGCUUUCAGAUUUCAUUGGCUUGUGACCGUGAAAGAAGGAAUAAAUAGGCGUUUG